AUGAAAGUAGAAAAUCCUCCUGAAGAAAACCUAACUAGAUGGAUGGAUUUUGUUCUCUUGGACUUUGCGGAUGCUCCCCGUCUCCAGUGGUUUCUGUUUAUAUUGUUCUUAGUCAUAUAUAUUAUUAUCUUGUUGGGCAAUGGUACCAUAUUUCUGUUAACAAAAGUGGACCCGAAUCUCCAGACCCCCAUGUAUAUCUUCCUUGGUAAUUUUUCUUUCUUGGAAACCUGCUAUGUCUCAGCUACACUCCCCAGAAUGCUGGCAAAUCUUUGGACCCAGAGGAGAACAAUUUCUUUAGUUGCUUGUGCUGCACAAAUGUGUUGUGUUCUUAUACUGGGGGCUACCGAGUGCUUCCUGCUGGCCGUGAUGGCCUAUGACCGCUACAUGGCCAUCUGUAACCCUCUGCACUAUCCUCUGGUCAUGACCUACAAGUUCUGUGUCCAGCUGGUGGCUGGCUCCUGGGUCAGUGGGAUUCCAGUCCAGAUAGGGCAGACUUACCAGAUUUUCUCUCUGCCCUUCUGUAGUUCUAACCGCAUCAACCACUUCUUCUGUGACAUUCCCCCCAUACUCAGUUUGGCCUGUGGAGACAUCCUUGUGAAUCAGAUGAUGGUCUACAUAGUUGCUGUGCUGUUCGUCAUGGUUCCAUUUCUGCUGAUACUUGUCUCUUAUGGCAAAAUCAUCUCCACAAUCCUGAAAUUGCCAUCAGCCACAGGUCGGGCCAAAGCCUUCUCCACCUGUUCUUCUCAUCUUGUAGUUGUGGUAUUGUUCUUCGGCUCAGGCAUUAUAACCUAUUUAAGACCUAAGACCAAAGACUCAGGAGGAACUGACAAAGUGCUUUCUCUUUUCUAUACUAUCUUGACUCCCUUGUUUAACCCCUUGAUAUACAGUCUCAGGAAUAAGGAUGUGAUAAUGGCACUGCGGAAACUGCUAUGCAAAUAA